AUGCAGAAGGGCUCCACUGUUGGUGGAGCCCUUCUGCAUGCUUUGAUGUCAGUGGCUGCCCUCCCCAGCAAAGCAUGUAGAAGGGCUCCACAAAUGGAGGCCAAUGGCUCCCCUCCCCAUCAAAGCAGGCAGAAGGGAAGGGCUCCACCAGCGGAGGCCAAGGGUGCUGCCUCCUGUAUCGAACAGCAGAAAGGCGGAGGCCAGUGGCUGCCCUUCCCCCCCAUCGAAGCAGGGCAGAAGGGAAGGGGCUCCACCAGCGGAGGCCAGUGGCUGCCCUCCCCAUCGAAGCAGGCAGAAGGGAAGGGCUCCACCAGCGGAGGCCAGUGGCUGCCCUCCUUAUCGAAGCAGGCAGAAGGGAAGGGCUCCACCAGCGGAGGCCAGUGGCUGCCCUCCCCAUCAAAGCAGGCAGAAGUGAAGGGCUCCACCAGCGGGGGCCAGUGGCUGCCCUCCUUAUCGAAGCAGGCAGAAGGGAAGGGCUCCACCAGCGGAGGCCAGUGGCUGCCCUCCCCAUCAGCGGAGGCCAGUGGCUGCCCUCCCCAUCGAAGCAGGCAGAAGGGAAGGGCUCCACCAGCGGAGGCCAGUGGCUGCCCUCCCCAUCGAAGCAGGCAGAAGGGAAGGGCUCCACCAGCGGAGGCCAGUGGCUGCCCUCCUUAUCGAAGCAGGCAGAAGGGAAGGGCUCCACCAGCGGAGGCCAGUGGCUGCCCUACAAGCAGGCAGGAAGUGAAGGGCCCUCCACCAGCGGGGGGCCAGGGCUGCCCUCCUUAUCGAAGCAGGCAUAAGGGAAGGGCUCCACUAGUGGAGGCCAGUGGCUGCCCUCCCCAUCGAAGCAGGCAGAAGGGAAGGGCUCCACCAGCGGAGGGCAGCCACAGGGAAGGGCUCCACCAGCGGAGACCAGUGGCUGCCCUCCCCAUCGAAGCAUGCAGAAGGGAAGGGCUCCACCAGCGGAGGCCAGUGGCUGCCCUCCCCAUCGAAGCAGGCAGAAGUGAAGGGCUCCACCAGCAGAGGCCAGCGGCUGCCCUCCCCAUCGAAGCAGGCAGAAGGGAAGGGCUCCACCAGCAGAGGCCAGUGGCUGCCCUCCACAUCGAAGCAGGCAGAAGGGAAGGCUCCACCAGCGGAGGACAGCCACAGGGAAGGGCUCCACUAGCGGAGGCCAGUGGCUGCCCUCCCCAUCAAAGCAAGCAGAAGGGAAGGGCUCCACCAGCGGAGGCCAGUGGCUGCCGUCCCCAUCGAAGCAUGCAGAAGGGAAGAGGUUCACCAGCGGAGGCCAGUGGCUGCCCUCCUCAUCGAAGCAGGCAGAAGGGAAGGGCUCCACCAGCGGAGGCCAGUGGCUGCCCUCCCCAUCGAAGUAGGCAGAUAGAAGGGAUCCACCAGCGGAGGCCAGUGGCUGCCCUCCUCAUCAAAUCAGGCAUAUCUACAGGUGAACAUUUGCGAACAGACCAAAAUCUGUCAGAUUUCUAUAUCUCUGGACUGACAUAUCUACUGGUGGAACACUUCCCUUCUGCAUGCUUCGAUGGGGAGGGCAGCUACUGGCCUUCGCUGGUGGAGCCCUUCCCUUCUGCAUGCCUCGACAGGGAGGGAAGCCACUGGCCUUCGCUCUUGUAG